AUGUCUCCAGGGCUGUCAGGAAGCGAAGCGGCGCAUCUGCGGGGCGCGCAAAAGGAGCAUGAAUCCUUCCUGUCCUCGCUGAAUCAUACCAUCUUGACUGGCUUCGAACUUCGCAGGUUCCCCGCCUUCUGCGCCCUGCUCGCUGGCGGCAGCACAUUACUCGAGUCACGCAUAUGUUCAAAAUUCACCAAAACGGUCCCCACCAGAACCAAUGUCCACCCGGGCGUCAAGGAGGAGAAGGUGGCCAUGGCCGGUCGCACUCUUGACAUGACGCUCUUUGCCUUUACACGUGCACUCGAGAGCCUCGUUGGCUAUUCCACUGAUCCCUGGAUCUUUGUGUGCUCCUGCGCCCUCAUCAUGUGGGCAUGGUUUUACAACCCCUCGGGUCUGCCCAAGGCCUAUCAAAGGUGGAUCAGCUCCGCCGCUGCCGUCGACAACCGCCUCAUCGAAGCCCUGCGGCGCUGCCGAUCCGGCGAUCUCCGCUACGGCAAGGACACCGGCCAGGCUCCGCUUCUGCAGUCCAUGUGUGAGGACUACAAGUGGCCUGUCAUCUGGGGCGAUCCUGCCAAGACGGCGCCUUUCCCCUGCGAGAUGGUUCACAUGGGCUGCGGCCCGUCGUGCGAGUACCACGCUCUGUCUCGCCUCGUCCGCUCAUGGCGCUGGAGCAUGGCCAUGUACCUUCCCCUCAACCUCGCCAUGCAACUUCGCAAGCCUCCGACCGUCCGGGGCAUCCGCACUGCCGUGCUGUCCGCGUCUCGCUCCUCCGCCUUCCUGGGCGUGUUCAUCAUGCUCUUUUAUUACGGCGUCUGCCUCGGCCGGACGCGCAUCGGCCCACACAUUGUCGGUAAAGACUUUGCUGGACGACAGAAGAUCGAUGGCGGCGUGUGCGUAGGCUGCGGCUGUUUCAUGUGCGGGUGGAGUGUGCUGCUCGAGACAGCAAGUCGACGGAAAGAUAUGGCCUUGUUUGUGGCACCGAGGGCGCUGGCGACUCUAUUCCCGCGAAGGUAUGCUGAGGACAAGCAGUGGAGGGAGACGCUUACCUUUGCAGCAAGCGCCGCCGUCGUGUUCACUUGUGCCAAGGAGAACCCAGCCAGGGUAAGGGGUGUGUUUGGCAAACUAUUGGGCUCCGUUCUGCGAGUGUAA